GCACCGCGCACCACUGCGCUUGCAAGCAUAAUCGAUUGUGCAACCACCACCACCGCCUGAGCAGUUCACCGCGAUCCUCAUUCCAACAAAGCCUGCAAACAUGCCUCAGCUUACUGACUUGCCAGUCGAACUCUUCCUCGACAACAUACUGCCACUGCUUCCUGUUCCUGAUCUAUCCAGUCUCGGUUGCGUGAACAGCCACUUCGCCCAACUGACCUCAGACGAGACGUUCUGGCACAGAAAGAUCCAACAGGACUUCAACUUCACCGGGUCAGAAACUGCAAGAAAGAAUGGAUGGAAGUUCUUAUAUCGCCGUUUCUCCAAGCCCCGCGUCUUUGUCUGGGGUGAGCGGAGCCACGGAAGGCUAGGAUUGACCGAAGACCAGCUUCCUCAACCUGUCAUGCGCGAUGCUGUACCGUACCCUGUACAGUUGCGCAUCCCAGACGUGCGCAUCGUCAACCUUAUCGCCGGAGGAUGGUCAUUUCACGCAUUGGACUCUCGUGGUACCAUCUAUGUGUGGGGAGUGCUCGAUGGAGACAGUGCUGCCCUGCGUAGCGAAGGCUACGCCAUGCCGGCCAAGCGCACGGAAGGUCCCAUGCGACUCAAUCUCCCCGUGAAGAUCCGAAGUAUCAGCUGUGGGCGAUCGCACUGUGCCGCGCUCGAUGCCAGCUCGUGCGUCUGGACCUGUAUCUCGUGGGGUCGGCCCUUCAUCCUAUCAAGUCCCCUUCUCGACAAGACAUCUCCCGAGACGACUCCUGCCCAAAUUACUAGUGGCUGGUCAUUCUCGGCGAUCCUCACCGAAUCCGGUGACGUCCUGGUAUUUUGGCCUUUCUCUGGCGACAUGGCGGACGCUAUCGCCACUAAAUCGGAGGAACUCGAUCAACUAAGCACCUCGCAGCCUACCAGGGCACUACCAUCGUCACAGGAGCCCAGUGUCAUUCCGUGCUAUACGUGGAGGUUGCAAGGCAUCGACCCAGUGAGGCUACCUGCCAUUCCGACCGGCGACCUACCCGAGUUAAAUGGAACCGGCGUGACGGUAGAAGGCGAAACGAAGCUUAUCAAGGUGGCUGGUAUGGACAACACGAUCGUCGGACUGACCAACAAGGGGCACGUCCUCAUGUACCAGAUGAUGGGAGGGGAGAAUCUACAGAUUCGCAACCGUUGGGAAUACCUCCCUGAGUUCAGUGAGGUCGAGAAAGUUAAAGUACACAGUACCUUUACCGAUACAACGUCCGAAGGACAGACACGCCCGGAACCUCCAGAAACCAUGUUGAUUACUCACAUUUCUGCUCAAUUCAGAACGUUUGUUGCCUACUCAACUGGCGAGCGUUCCGUUGUCAUCAUGGGGAAAAUUCAAGAUCCUGGCUUUGUACCUGCCGGAGCCCCCCAUACCCCGCCUCAAGUCUCACCCAUGAUACUCCCGGCGCUGCAGAAUCGCGACGUCAUUUCCGUCGUACUCGGUGAUUACCACUACGGUGCGCUGACGGCUGACGGCAAGCUCCUCACCUGGGGCGCAUACUCCAAAGGCGCGUCCGGUCUCGGUGAUCCUAGGAAGAUCCCUGUGGGUCAACCCGGCGGAUUCGGGGAUGAGGACCAGCUUCAGGCGGCCGAGACGCGAUGGAACAUCUUGAGGUUUCCUCCCCCUGAUGUGACGGUGCCGACGGAGGUUCGGUUUGACCAUGGAGCGAAGAAGCAGAGGGAGACGUACUGCUUCGCCGCAGCUGCAGCAGGCUGGCACAUGGGUGCAUUGGUCAUAGACCUGGAGGUAGGGAGCCACCAUUCUGUCGUUUACGGCCGACCGUCGAGACUGAAUGGAUGUCCGCAGCCGGAUGCCGAGAAUGAGGACGAGGAGGCCGUGACAGAUGAAAGUCAGCUUGACAUGCCGGGUGCGUUUCCUGGGAAUGAGCCGGACCAUGGGCCCCGGGAUUUCCCUGAAACACCCGGAGCCUUUCCAAGGAUCCCGUUCGGCCGUGGUGGGCGCGGCAUCCGGCUCGGUCUUGCUAUGGCACGAGGGACAAGGCGGGGCGCUGCAAGAGGACGCGGAGGUGGCGGAGGGCCUGAACCUGCGAUGGGGUGACGAAUACACAGAACGCCAUACAAACCGAUCCGACCCAAGACGAUAUGUAUUGUUGUAUUAGUACUGCUUGAUGUUAUAGAGCGUACCUCGUUGCGCAGGAAGAUUGUC